UGGUUGUUCUGCAAAUUUGACAGCACCUGAAGGCAUCACACCUGAUGUAGGGUUUUAGCAGGAAGCAAGACUGCAGAAUUUAAUACGUGCAUUAAAACAGAUAUGCAUGAGUUUCAUUGAUACGUUAACAUAAAUAAAGCUUUGCACACAGUUCACCAGCAGAUGGUGCACUUUAUGCUGCAAGAGAAAAGGUGAUGCACAAAGAUGAAAUAUUUACCUGAUCGUAGAAAUAGCGAACUUUUGUUGCAAUAAUCAGCAUCUCUGUGACUUUAAUAACAAAAAACACAUGUGUAUAGGCUGCUAUUAAGGACUUGAGGUUUUUGUUUUUUUGUUUUUUUUUGCAGGAGUGAAUAAAACAGCAGUUGGUAAGGCUGUAGUCUCCACUGUUGAUCCAUACAGCGCCUGUCUGUGUUCAGGCUGCAAACACCACAUCAGCACCGAGAAGCAGCGGAUCGAGAGGCAGAAAGCAGCUGGUCUCCGACAUGGCAAAAGAAGGAGCUGAUAUGACCGAGGAGACCGAGUUCAUGAUAGACAAAAACGUGGGCAAAGAAUUAGAAAACGUGGAAUCGUCCGGCAACGCCAAAGAAAUGCGAGCGGUGAUACUGGCAGGUUUUGGAGGUCUAAACAAACUCAAGGUAACCAAGAAGGCAAUGCCCGAGCCUCAGGAUGGUGAAGUGAAGAUCCGCGUCAAAGCAUGUGGCUUGAAUUUCCUGGAUUUGAUGGUACGUCAGGGGACUGUUGAUAAUCCUCCAAAACCCCCCCUUGUCCCUGGAUUUGAAUGCUCUGGAAUAGUAGAGUCACUGGGUGAAAACACAAAGGGAUUUGAGAUAGGCGACAGAGUUAUGGCUUUUGUAAAUUACAAUGCCUGGGCAGAGGUGGUUUGCACACCGGUGGAUUUUGUCUACAAGAUGCCAGAUGAAAUGACGUUUGCUGAGGCUGCGGCGUUCUCCCUGAACUUUGUGGCGGCUUAUAUGAUGCUCUUUGAGGUUGCCAGUCUGCGGGAGGGGAUGUCAGUGUUGGUUCACUCAGCAGGAGGUGGUGUAGGUCAAGCUGUGGCUCAGCUGUGCUCCACUGUGCCUAAUGUUACUGUGUUUGGGAUCGCCUCAUGUUUCAAACACGCAGCCAUCAGAGACUCUGUGACUCACCUCUUUGACAGAAAUGUUGACUACAUACAAGAAGUCAAAAAGAUCUGUCCAGAAGGAGUGGACGUUGUGCUCGACUGCCUGUGUGGGGAGAACACAGGGAAAGGACUGAGCCUGCUGAAGCCACUGGGAACUUACAUCCUCUAUGGCGCAUCAAACAUGGUGACUGGGGAAACAAAGAGUUUCUUCAGCUUUGCAAAAUCCUGGUGGCAGGUGGAGAAGGUGAAUCCCAUUAAACUAUACGAGGAGAACAAAGUCAUAGCUGGGUUUUCGCUCCUCAACCUCCUCUUCAAACAAGGGAGAUGUAGCCUUGUGAAAUCAGUGAUGGACAAACUGUUGUGUCUCUAUGACCAAAAGAAGAUCAAGCCUGUAGUGGACUCCUUGUGGGCGCUGGAGGAGGUAAAAGAGGCCAUGCAGAGAAUUCAUGACAGAGGCAACAUAGGAAAACUCAUUCUGGAUGUCGAGAAGUCUCCCACACCUCUGAUGGCCAGCGACAGCACAGAGACCAGUGAAGCAGGAGAAGAAGAAGAGGAGCCUGAGGGAGACAACGACAGCAAGGAGCGAAUGCCUUUCAUCCAUUAGACCCAAGAAAACCCACUGCAACACCCAUAGAGACUGGACAGGCUGCACAGAUUCACCGCAGAGGAACGCAACCGCACACAAGUGUGUAUGUAUGUAUGUAUGUAUGUAUGCAUGUGCUGUGUGCAUGUAUGCAUAAACGUAUGUAUGUACAGUAAAUGUUUGUGCCUCUUGUCUGUCACCCUUCGAAGAAUAUGAUGAAGAAUAACACCCUGUUCGUCACCCAGGCGACAUAUAGAAGAGUCAUCCUCAAAAUAGUGUUAUAGUCUUUGCUGUACUAUGAAGUAAUGUAAUGCUAGCCAAUAGGGUUGUUAAUUUUAUAGUUAAUUUCAUUUUCCAGCAGUUUACCCAAUUAGCAACAGACUGAUUAAGCAUUUAAACCUGCUGACCAGCUGUCUCUUUAUGAUUAGCAACCUUGAAAAUAGUUUUAGUAACACACAUAAGUGCCAUAUACAGCAGCAAACUAACAUGUCUAAACAUUUUGCAGAACAGAAAAAGUAUAAUUUAAUUCUCACGUCUUGCAGUUCAGCACCUGAAAUAAGUUUGAGAAAAUGUCCCCAGUGUUUUGAUGCUUUUGACCAAGUAAGUGAAUUAUAGUGUUACAACCAGUAAUGUGUAAGUCAGGAGAUGUAGAAAAGCGUUUGUGUAGAUAUUUGCAUGAUAUUUUAUUCUCAGUGGCCAAACUUGUAAUUAUAUGGGAUCACCAGUGCCUUUGAGCUACAAGUGAGUGUUUAAUACUUGAAAUACUUUCCUCAAGCGAAGUUCACAUUGAACAAACAAAACUAUAUUUUUAAUCUGACAGUUGGUGUUUAACCUAGUUAAAAAAUCCUCCUCACCUGAUCAUAAGGGGAACCUGUGGUGCCACCAGAGCUCCUUUAUAGUAAGUUACUGGAUUGAGGACUUAAUUUUCCAACUGCACUGUACACUGAAAACUUGACUAAAUUACAUUUGGUAAUGCCCAACACGACACUGUUUUACAUUUAUUGUCAGUUCACAAAGAAACUGACACUUAAGUAAAACAGGACAAAUGGAAGAUUCAAGAGGCAUCAAAAUCUUGCCGAGUAUAUGUAAAAGCAAAAGGAAGUCAUAAAUCCUGGAUUUUCUUGAGCAUGAAAUUCAGACUGCAGUUCAAGGUUUGUGGAGUCUCUGCUUUGCUUGUCUGACCAAAGUUGUUUACUUGCUGGUGCCUCACAACAAAAGUGCCAUAAGACUUCAAGAUGAAUUAUUUUUACAGCAAACUGGUGUUUAAAGGCAGGCUGACUGUGUUUUACUUGACAAGCCCUGCUUUGCUCCUCAUCUGCGAUUUGUUCAAAUAUACUCCCCUGUCCAGACGACUGAUCAGCAUUAAAACAGACUGCAUAGUAUUUCAUCUUCACUAUUUACCUGGCCUUGCUUACUCAGUGUGUUUUAUAUUGGAUGGUUGUCACAGAGUGCACUCUAAAAAGUAGUUUCUCAACCAUAAAAACAACAAAACAAGUCAAUGAUUUCUAAUUGUGCCAUUUUAAAAUUAAAAAUGGAUCAUCUUACUAACAGCAAAGGUAACAGAGGUAACCUCUGCAUGCUUUUAAGUUGAGUGAUAAACAGUGGAGCACUGAAUAAGUAUGAUGACAUGUGGACAGUUCGGAAAUGCAUCUACAAUUUUAACGCCUAUUGUCAGGUAUGUUUAUGUGUGUGAGUGAGAGCGUAUGUGUGAUUUUGAAUUCUUGUAUUCAUAUUGCCUUGAAAAAGAAAAGAAAAGUGUGUGCCAAGAUGUGUUUCCGCACUGUAGUGUGUUCACAAUCUUCCUUAUGAACCUUGGUUUACCUGUGGUCCUAUCUUUUUUUGUCAUGUUUUGGUUGUAUACUUUCUUUGAGUACAGCUCUGUUUACUUGAAUAAAUUUAUCUGCAAAGUC